UCAGUAACAUCAUCCUCUCUUUCGCUUGGCCAAGCUUAAGCUUUAGAAUCUUUGGCACCAAAUGAUCUUUGAAUACAAGAACAUUUUCAUCGUCCAAAUUUCUCAAAAAUCAAGAUGGCAUCAAUCUCGACAUGUUUCUCUCUUACCGCAAAAUCUCGCCUUUUUCUCUAUAUUUCAAAACCUACCUUUAAUUUAAAGCCUCCUGAUUCUUUUCUCAGAACCCAAACACUUGUUUUCCCUAGAAUUUAUUGGAAAAACCCAAACUAUAGGGUUUUAGUUCCCGUUGUUAGAGCGAGCCUUGAUAUGAGCGCUGGAUUGAGACCUGGAAGUGUUGUAGAGAGUGAUAAGCUGCCGUCUGAUGUUAGAAAGCGAGCCAUGGACGCCGUUGAUGCCUGUGGAAGAAGAGUCACUAUUGGUGACGUGGCCAGUAAAGCUGGGCUUACUUUGAGUCAAGCUCAAAAGGCUCUCCAAGCUCUUGCCGCUGAUACUGAUGGUUUCCUGGAGGUCUCAGAUGAAGGUGAUGUCUUGUAUGUUUUUCCAAAGGAUUAUCGUGCAAAACUUGCUGCGAAGUCAUUUAGGAUAAAAGUAGAACCUUUGGUUGAAAAGGCAAAGGCUGGGGCUGAGUAUUUAAUAAGGGUUUCUUUUGGUACAGCUCUUAUAGCUUCAAUUGUUAUUGUUUAUACUACAAUAAUUGCUGCUCUUCUUUCAAGUCGGAGUGAUGAAGACAAUCGUGGAAGGCGAAGCAGAUCAUAUGGUACUGGAUUCACGUUUUACGUCAAUCCAUUCGACAUGUUUUGGUACUGGGAUCCAUAUUACUAUAGGAGGCGACGAGUACGUGCAGAUGAUGACGACAACAAAAUGAACUUUGUUGAAUCUAUUUUCUCAUUUGUAUUUGGAGAUGGUGAUCCUAAUCAAGGAAUUGAAGAAGAAAGGUGGAAGUUGAUUGGACAGUAUAUAGCAUCUAGUGGUGGUGUUGUUACAGCUGAAGAACUUGCUCCGUAUCUUGAUGUACAGAGUGCCGGGAGCAUCAUGAGCGAUGAAUCAUACAUAUUACCUGUUCUUCUGCGAUUUGAUGGUCAGCCUGAAAUAGAUGAAGAGGGAAAUAUUUUGUAUCGUUUUCCGUCCUUACAGCGCACAGCUUCUACUCAAAGAAGUGGAAGAAAGGAGUAUGUGGGGAGAAGAUGGACUGAUUGGGUUGGAGGGGCUCAGAAGGUUUUCAGAGAGAAAAAAUGGGAAUUCAGUAAAACUAAUGCAUCAGAGAGAGCAAUGGUUAUUGGUCUGGGUGGGGUGAAUUUGUUUGGGGUUAUUAUUCUUGGAGCAAUGUUAAAGGAUACUGCUAUUACUCCUAGUGGAUUUAUUCCAUUCGUCAGGAGCAUAUUUCCUUUGCUUCAGAUAUAUGCUGGUUCUUUCUUUGUUAUUCCUCUGGUCCGGUGGUUCCUCAACCUCAAGAAGAAUGCUGAGAUAGAAAAGAGAAACCUUGCUAGGGAGCGGUAUGCUAAAGCGCUUGAAUUGCCAGAUGUUUCUCUGAGGCGCAAGCUCCUUAAUGCCCGGGAUAUGGCCCAGAAAACAAUCAUUGGACAGGAUCGUAUUGUCUAUAGUACCGAGAGGGAUUUCGUUGAGCAAGACUAUGAGGCAAAAGAAUGGGACAGGAGAUUCCGAGAAAUUGAAAAGGCAGAUUGAGAAGUGGCUAUAGUUGGGACUUAACUUUGCUAAAUCCUCACCUGAGAACACAAGACUGUCAUUGCUUUCAGCAUCUGGUGCAUAUUUGAGUGAAUAUUUACAGAAUACAGUAGCACAGAAGCAACGGUAAUUUGUGUUGUAUAUUUGAUUGAUAUCUCAAAAAAAUUCUACUGCUUCAAAUAGUUUCAAGUGCCAAAUAGUUUGGUCAUAUUUAUUGCUAGGUAAUGUCUCAAUAUCUGCCCACAGGAAAUCUAUUGAGGGUAUAUUGUUUCUUUAAUCUGUUUUUGAUCAUUGUAACAGGAUGGGUCCUGAUCCUGUAUUGACUAGAUCUUGUGGACAGAUUAGGGAUGAUUAGUUUAGAUGUGAAAAUUAGAGUUGCAGAUGGACACUUUCAGCUUAUAAUUCGACACUUAUAUUUUUAUGAUAUCACCUCUCCCUUUUAUCUGAACUGGUCGAGAGAGAUGAACUGAGCUUGUAAUGUGCUGUACCAUAACUCCAGGUUAAUAAUUUUGAAAAUUGAAUGUAGGAAGGGCUCUUAUUAUUGAA